UGCUCGAAGUGUUGCUUGUAUGAUGCGUCGGUUACAAUGUAGCGCUGUAUCUUGAACGAGAUCAGAGUUUUAUUCGAAUAGUUCUAAAAUGAUUAAAACGACAUUGCAGAUUUGGUUCAAAUUGUAAGGCAACAGCCGACGGUAAACCUGGAGAUUGCGUGGGCAGAGCAGAUUUCUGGGUCCGCGGGGGGAUUUGGCUCUGGGGGAGUAGCCUAGCAUUCUGAUGUAUUUGUUCCUUCUAGUUUUAAAUGGCUCUAUGUUACAGCUGCCGCAAGUCAGGACCGGACAAGGGUGUGUAAUCGAAUGAAUAUUUCUGCAGUUCUAUCUACCCGCGCGCUGACAAAGAAUCCGCGUUUACGCCCUAUCUCUCAUCCAUCCGUUUCGAGACCUAGGAAGACGCUGACGGGAAAUAUACUUUAGCCUUUCUAGCCUACUACAGGGACCUAACGAUGGGGAACACCGCCUCCUGCUGCGUUUCGUCGAGCCCCAAGAUCCGGAGAAAUGCCCAUUCGAGGCUAGAACCCUACCGCCCCGAAGCGGAGCUGAGUAGAGAGGAUACUGGCUGCAACCUACAACACAUCAGCGACAGAGAGAAUAUGGACGAUCUGAACAUGGAGUACAACCCUUCAGACCAUCCCAGAGCCAGCACCAUAUUCCUCAGCAAAUCCCAGACAGAUGUGCGAGAAAAACGGAAGAGCGUCUACAUCAAUCAUUUAACACACAUUUCGGAGAACAAGCACCACGCUGCUCCAGUCAGACGGAAGUACAGCUCCUGUUCCACCAUUUUCCUAGAUGACAGCACCGUCAGUCAGCCUAACCUCAAAUACACCAUCAAGUGUGUAGCCAUGGCGAUAUACUACCACAUAAAGAACCGGGAGAUCGAUGGGAGAAUGGUAUUAGAUAUUUUUGAUGAAAAGCUUCAUCCACUUACGAAAUCAGAGAUUCCUGCGGACUAUGAAAAGCACGACCCGGAGCAGAAACAGAUAUAUCGCUUUGUCCGGACGCUGUUCAGUGCAGCACAGCUCACUGCAGAGUGUGCUAUCGUCACACUAGUGUACCUGGAGCGCCUGUUAACUUAUGCAGAGAUAGACAUCUGCCCAGUCAACUGGAAGCGUAUCGUCCUGGGAGCCAUCCUGCUGGCGUCCAAGGUGUGGGACGACCAGGCUGUGUGGAACGUAGACUACUGCCAGAUCCUCAAAGACAUCACCGUGGAGGACAUGAAUGAGCUGGAGCGUCAGUUCCUGGAGCUGCUGCAGUUCAACAUCAACGUUCCGUCUAGUGUUUACGCUAAGUACUACUUUGACCUGCGCUCCAUGGCCGAGGCCAACAACCUCAGCUUCCCUCUGGAGCCACUGAGCAGGGACAAGGCUCAGAAACUAGAGGCCAUCUCCAGGUUGUGUGAUGACAAGUAUAAAGACUUGAGGAAACCGUCCAAGAAGACAUCUGUGAGUGCAGACAAUCUGACGGUGGUGAGGUGGAAUCCGGCCAUCAUAUCCUAACAUUCACCACCAGGAGGAGGACAGCGCAUCCACCAUGACGGAGACAUGACAUGGCUGCCUGGCCUAGGAGGUCAAGGGUUAGGGCAGGAGAACUUAGACUCAGAACUCAGUUGUCCAGUUGCGUCUGUGUGGUUUGUUUCACACAGAAACGACCUGCUGGCACUUUUGUGGAUAAUAAGUGUUAUUGUUGCUCUGAUGGUCCACUUGUGUACUGUACAUACAAGAUGUCCCUCUGGUUGUCUGAAGUUGAACUUGAGUCCUACAGGUGACUUGGUGACCAAUGGCAGAAGAGCAGUGGCCAGAUGGGAAAAGAUUAAAAGAACAUUGGAAAGAUCAAGAGACAGUGGAAAGAUUUGAAAAAUCCUAGAAUAAUAACCCAUAAACUCAAACAACAGCAUUCCAAUAGCCAUUUUAAAGGUUGACUGUCUUGUAUAGAGGAGAAACCGCUCGGGUAUACUGUACAUUCCUAUGAUUUUCAAGGAUUUCAGCAAAUUCCUCUCUAAAGCACAAAUGUUUUUUCCCAGGUAACAGGCAAACCUAAUUGGUACACAUUCCUGAAAUAUAGAAAUGUCUCUACUUUCCUUGGAGGCAGUAACAAGACCUCAUCAAGUGUUAUUCUUACUGUGUUUGGUUGCAAUGAAAUCAAACUGCCAAAACCUCAAGGGUUUCUUUCUCUGUAACGUUCAACAAACUGCACCUGUGUUUGAGUUUAAAAUGGCAACUGUUUUGUAUUUACAUUUACAUAAAGACACCAAGAGGGGGAAUGUGAAGUGAGAGAUAUACAGUAGAGAAAGAGGAAGACAGACAUUUGAAGAAUAACUUAAUUAGGGCGAUAAGACUGAUAAAUGAAGUUCAGUUGAAGGUGAACAAAGUGAUCUUUAUCUUUAAUUGCGUUCCGUUCUAUCUAGCUAUACCAAUUUGCCACCGAGUGAUGAUUAUCUAAAACUAUUUCACACAUUAGUUCUAUCUCUCUCUUCCUCAUGGCCAAAAUGAUACAUUCUGCGUCCCCAAAUGGCACCCUUUUCACUAUAUAGUGCACUACUUUUGACCAGGGCCCAUAGGGUGCCAUUUGGGAUACUGCCACAGUUAAACAUUCCAGUGAACAUUGCGCUCACGCCAAGCAAUAUUCAUGUACCGCUUUGUUUCAUGGUAGGUCUCGAAUGACGUACAGGGAUGAGUUUGAAUGACAAGCACUCGAAUAAAAAGGAGAAAAACAUCUUCCAAGAACAGGAAAUAACUAUAGUAUAAGUAAGACAAAAUGGUGGGUUUGAACGUCCAUAUAGUGUAUUCACUGCCGUUGUUCUGACCUGUGGUGCCUGUAACAUGCUGGUGUAACAUGCUAGUGUAACAUGCUAGUGUAACAUGCUGGUGUAACAUGCUAGUGUAACAUGGAGACCUUCCUUUUUCAUUUUUAAAGUGCAACUGGGGUCGAGUUUUUUUUCUUGAAUGCUUUUUUAAAUUACUGAUCUUCCAACUCCUAAAGAAACAGCAGAAACAUCAUUUCAGAAAACCAAUUUGCAUGAUGAUUCUUCAAUAUAUUGGAAAUGUAUUUCUAAAAAUGUCCUACAGUAUAUUAGAACAAAAGGACGUUUAUUGAUUAACAAACACUGUUCACAAAACCAUUAGGAAUAAAUCAAAUAUAAUUAUUUAGCAAAUUAAUUGAUUUUGUACAGUAAGAUAAGAUAUCAGUGUGCAGACAAAGAGCACAUUAACUUUCAAACAUGGAGAAUUGGGGUGAAAUAUUUAUAAAUAUCUGAUCAGUAUUUACAUUUAAAAAAAUUGCAAUGUCUUAUUAUACCAGAUAUGAGGAGAGUUUAGAACUAUGGGUUAUAUGGAAGCUGGUAUUAUUUCAUCUAGAAUGUAGAUGGUAAAACCAUUGGAAGGAAUUUGAAUCUUUUGUCAGGAUCUAGUUUUUCAUAUCAAGUUUGCAGAGCUCAGAUUAACUACAGUGAAUGAUGGGUUCAUGUGUUUUUCACACUCAAACAUUGAAUUGAGACCGUUCUGUUAGACUCUCUCAUCUUAUCAUACAUACAUUUUCUGUUACCAUAUGAAUUAUGUUUUCAGUGUUACAUGGUUUUAUGAUAUCCCUGUUGCAAAACCAGGUGAAACAUUCCUCUUGUUCUUGAUGCUGUUUUAUUUUAAAGUUGUUGAGUUCACGGUGUUUCCCCACUCUUAAGCAAUCUUAACUAUUGAAAAGAUAAAAGCAAUUCCUUAUCAAGGGUCUCUACAGUUGUUGUUUUCAUAGUUUUAUUUGAUAGCAUUCCGUGAAUACCAAUCAGCAUUCAUUCAAACCAUUCAUCAGGACCAACUAUCUGCCAGAUGUUUCACUUUCAUAUGUAAAAAGGGAUGGAGUUGAACCAAAGUAUCAGACAAUGAAGGAUUAGCCUUUGAAUAUGUAUUGUUGUGAUAUAAUAGAUCCCCUUUGCACGUGAUCGGAAUGGUAUAAGGACUCUGAAGUGGAACUGUUGGAAUGGUAUGGCCUUGGAAACAGAACAGUUGGAAUGAUGUGGGGACUCUGAAACGGAACUGUUGGAAUGAUGUGGGGACUCUGAAACGGAACUGUUGCGUUCUAUGGAGCUGUGACUGUGAGCGACUGAAGUGCAAAUGUCUUCGGGCGAGAAGAAACAGGUGUUGUCGUGAGGAGACAGUAGAGGUAUUUUUAAGAUUGUAUAUCUUAUUUAUUGUAUGUAUGUGUGUGUGCAUACAGUCUGAUGUUGACUUCUAGAAAUGAAAAUGAACUCAUCAUGCUCUAUAGCCCGAGCCUGUGGUAUAACCUAGGCUAGUGACUGGGGUGAUAGUCGUGUGCACUAGACUCUACCUCUGCAUAGAGUUUUUACUUCUUCUACCUUUUCUCUUUCUAUCUCUUCUACGACAAUGUUAGGAUUUACCAAUGCAACUCUGUUGUCAAUGAUUUCCUGUGCUAAUGAAAGAAACUGCUGUAGUUGUGUGAACUCUGUUUUUAUGUUUUGUUUUAUAGUUUAUUUCCUGGGGUUUUAUUGCUGUUUUAUGUUGUUUGUUCCUGUUCUCAGUUUGCCCAAUGUGGUUAAUCUGUAUCUUUUUGAGUACUAAUCUCUUAGUUCAUUGUAGCCUACAUUCUAAGAAGUGAUCCCAGGACCAACAACCCUAAGGGACUGGAGUCUGAAUAAGCCGCAGUCUCUCCCUGUAUGGACUGUUCUAACUAUGAUUUUAGUUCAACUGAUGUGCCCAGAUCAGAAGCAAUGUUUAGAAACCUGCACAAUAAAUAAACGUUUAAACCUUGCAAUAAAAAUA